GUGGGGGUGGGGGGGUGCUUCCUGUCCGCCUGAACUUGGCUGACCCUGACGGCUUCCUUCUGGGCCACCAUCCUAAAAGAGCCCUGACUGCUCCUAGAAGGAAGUGUAUGUGUUUGGCACCAUACUCUGUGCCCCCACCUCGUAGAGUGAAGCCCCAGGGGGCUCCCCACCAGGAAUCAACACAGCUGGAAGCCGCAGAGAGAGAGUCCCUGGCUAAAGUCCUUGUUACUGCAGCCUGAAGAGUGACCUCUUGGGGUCGUCUCAGCCCCCACGGGCACCCUCAAAACAUGGAGCAUCCUCAGGCCAACCUUCCAGCCCGAAACUAUCAGGACGCCCUGGAUCAGCUCAAGCAGCACUUCCCCAGGUUACCCACUCACUUGACGACGCAGGUGGACCUCGCUUACGGCUUGGUCCUGAAAAUCCAGCAGGGGAUCCAGGAGCAUCUCAAGCAGGCAGAAAACUUCCUACAGAUGGUGGAGACCUGCAGCCAAUCCCUAGGCUUCCAGCUGGGGGAGAACCAAGGGAGCCAGGCCUCCCUCAGUGAGCAACCCAGCCAGGACCCCCAGCACCCAGGGGCCACACCCCCACAGACCUCCGGUCUCCAGGAUCUAGACUUCGAAGACGUACUGGUCAUGAGGUCAUCCGACUGGUUCCAGCGAUCCCCCCGAGUGGACAGUGACACAGUCCGCAAGCGAGACACGCAGCCGUGCUGGGACUCAGAGCCCCGGUUUUCACAGGAUAUUCUGACGGAGCAGCUCUGGGAGAUUUUUGCUGGGACCCAGGACCAGGGGGAGCGCCCGAGACACAGGACAACAGACCAGACACCAGACCAUGAGAGCCAGGAGCCGGGACCACGAUACUUGGGAGUGAAAGUGCUUCCCAAAGACACUCUGGUUUUCCUCCCACCCACGCCCUCCCCCAGUUCCUCUGAGGGCUCCCGAGAGGGAAGCCCAGGCCUGGGUGCUAUAGGACAGGGGAUGUCCUCCCACAUGGCCCAGGAGCUUGCCAGGAAGACCUAUCAAUUUCUGAAGCCCAUAUGCUGGGACCCCGAGGACUUUGAAAACACAUGGAAUAGGCCUGAUGCCUUGCCCUGGCAGUCCAGGAAGCUGGCCGUCCCACACAGAGUGGAGAAGAUGCAGAGACUAGAACACGGGGAGCCCGUGCUGGCCACGGCCAUCAGCAGCUUCACCCGGCACGCCUUCACCUGCGGCAGGGGUGGCGUCAAGGUGUGGAGCCUGGUGGGCCAGGUGACGAAGGCCAGGUUUCCAGAGAGCUUCCUGAGAGUAAAGACCCCAGGGGCCUACCUGCGCACCUGCCUGCUCUUCUCAGACAGCACGGCCCUGCUCGCGGGCGGCCACAACCUGGCGGGCGUGAGCCUGUGGGACCUGACGGCGCCUUCCCUGCACGUGACAGCCGAACUGCCCUGCGCGGGCCUCACCUGCCAGGCCCUGGCUGCCAGCUCUGAGGACAGCCUGGCCUUUGCUGGCUUCACCAAUGGCAGCGUCAGGAUCUGGGACCUGCGGGACUGGAGUGUGGUCAGGGACCUGCCGGGACAUCCGAACGGUGCCAAGAGCAUUGCUGUUAAAGACCAGCACGUCUGGACAGGGGGUCUGGAUGCCUGCCUGCGGUGCUGGGAUCUGAGGGCCACUGGGGAGCCCCAAGAAUACCAGUUUGAAUCUCAGAUAAUGAGCCUGUCCCCUAGCCCCCAUGAGGACUGGGUGCUGGUGGGCACGGCCAAUGGCCAGCAGUGGCUGCAGCCCAGCCUCGGGGGCCAGAAGCGCAUGGUGGGGUAUAAGGACGGCACCAUCCUUGGACUCAAGUUCUCCCCUGUGGGCCAGUGGUGGGUGAGUGUGGGAACAGACAACCUGGUUAGCAUCUUCAGCAUGCCCACAGGGACCAUGGCAGUCCAGGUGCCCGAGAGAUCCUCUGUCAUGUGCUGUGACGUGUCCCCCAGCAGCCACCUGAUCGUCACAGGGUCCAGGGACCACGCCUCGGUGUACCAGCUCACAUACUGAGGGCUCGACAGGGUGGGUGGGCUCGCACGAUGAGUGAUCUUUGUCACAUGUAAUAAAGCAAUUGGAAAAAGC